CCGAUUAAGGCCAGCCCAAAUCCGAUUCCGCUUACAAGCGAGAGAGAGAGAGAGAGAGAGAGAGAGAGAGGCGCCGGAGAGAAAGAAGACGAAGAGAAGAGGGAUGGCGUUCACUAUGAGAAGCGUGAAGGUGCCGCCCAACUCUGCGUCUCUGGCCGAAGCCCGAAGUCGCGUUAUUGAUUUCUUUAAGAAGUCAUGCCGAUCGAUCCCUGCCAUAAUGGAGAUCUACAAUCUCCACGAUGUCGUCACGGUCUCCCAGCUCCGCUCCACCAUCUCCUCCGAAAUCCGCAAAAACGCCCACCUUUCUAACCCCAAGGUCAUUGACAUGCUGCUGUUUAAAGGCAUGGAGGAACUGGGCAACAUUGUCGAACAUGCAAAGCAGCGACACCACAUCAUUGGCCAAUAUGUUGUUGGGCGUGAAGGGCUCAUGCAGGAUGUGAGCCCGAAAGACCAGGGGGCAUCCGAAUUUCUUAAGCAGUUUUACACCAGUAAUUAUUUCUGAGCAGGCAGGAUUUCGACGGACAGUGUAUCUGCGCUUGUGUCUGCCAGUCCUCUGUUUUUCUCUGUAAAACAAGAAAUAAGCAUCCCAAAGUAUCAAAACCAGUGUUUCUAUCUUGUUAUGUUAUUCUUAGACUGUAGAAACUGGAGCAAAAGAGCAAGAAUCUCGUGCAUUUCUUGAACUAAUUUCCUUUGUGAUCAGAAGAAUUGUUUUAAGUUGAGUUGAAGACUGAAAAAUGUUCCAGUGGGUUCCAUGCGUUGUUCA